AAUAGUCUUGAAGUUUUAGCGGUCGGCAGUGGACCAAAAAAUCACAGGUAUAUGUCAUUUUCGGGUAAUCGAUUGAUACAUAAUUAAUUAUAAUGAACGUUUAGAGUGUCUCCAAGCUCAAGGAAUGGAAAAUGGUGCAAUUUCUGACGAACAAAUCACUGCCUCUUCCCAAUAUACUGCUGAUCACGCUCCUCAUCAAGGGAGGCUUCACUUUUUAGAAUCAGCAGCCAAGAGUGGCAGCUGGGUGGCUGCGACAGGGGAUGCCAAUCAGUGGCUCCAGAUUGAUCUGCGUACUUUGGGCACCAAAGUCACACGUGUGGCAACGCAAGGAAGUAACGGCGUUAAUCAUAUCGAAUGGGUAACCAAUUACAUGCUUCAGUACUGCGGCAACGAUGGAGUAACUUUCCGCUAUUACAGGGAGCAAGGGGAAACAGCAGAUAAGAUUUUUACUGGAAACACAGACCAGGACACAGUCGUUUCUCAUGAUCUAAACCCUCCAAUCAGGGCAAGUUUCAUCCGUUUCGUACCAGUAGCUUGGCAUUCUUGGAUAUCAAUGAGAGUGGAACUCUACGGUUGUCAAGGUUCUAUAGCUUUUCAAAUCUAAAAUAAAUGUAUGAAAUUAUUCGCUGCGCUUGAAAGCAAAUAAUUUACUGCCAAUUUUAACCUUCGCUGAAAAAGAACGUUGGAACAUCUGUUUUAAAGCAUUUUCAAAGCAAUUUGCUCUUAUUGGGCAAUUACCAGACCCAUUUGAAUCGAUAUCCCUGUGCGCCUCCGAUUGGGUGCAAAAAUUGUGGUAUUGCUCUUUUGCUCCAAAUCCAUGAGU